AUGGGUAAAAACAAUAUACUUUUAAGUUUUAUUGCUGUAAGAAAUGGCUUUUACUUUGAAGUCUGCAUUGGGAUCACAGCCAAUGCCUUCCUUCUUCUCUUCCACGUCCUCUGGUUCUUUCUCAAGCACAGGCCCAGGCCCACCGACCUGACAACUGGGCACUUGACCCUCAUCCACCUGGAGAUGCUGACCACCAUCGGGUUCAUAGCUGCAGAUAUUUUUGAGGCUCGGGAAUUAUGGGACGACAUCACAUGUAAAGCUGCCAUCUACUCAUACCAGGUGAUGCGGGGCCUCUCCCUGGGCACCACCUGCCUGCUGAGUGUCCUCCAGGCCAUUACCCUCAGCCCCAGGAGCUCGUGUUUGGCAAAGUUCAAGCGCACAGCCUCACAUCACAACAUGUGUGGGUUUCUCUUCCUAUGGGUCUUCAAUUUGUCCAUCAGUGCUCAUCUCUUAAUCUCUACUGUUGCCACCAAAAAUCAGACAUCCAACAGUCUUAUGUUUGUCACUAAAUCUUGUUCUCUUUGGACCCUGAGCCAUGUACUGAGGCACACAUUUCACAUCUUGGGGAUCGUCAGGGAUGUCUCCCUUGUAGGGCUCAUGGCCCUCUCAAGUGGGUACAUGGUGACUCUCCUGUGCAGGCACAAGAGGCAGUCCCAGCACCUUCACAGCACCAGCCUUUCUGCAAGAGCCUCCCCAGAGCACAGGGCCACCCGCACCAUCCUGCUGCUCAUGAGCAUCUUUGUUCUCCUAUACUUGUUGGACUGCAUGGUAUCUUCCUUUUCAGGAAUCUGGUGGAAAAAUGACCCGGGUCGCCUGUGUGUCCAGAUGUUGCUGGGCAAUGGCUAUGCUACAAUUUGUCCCUUCGUAUUAAUAAGUAGUGAAAGACGGAGGAUCAAGCUUUUCAAAUCCAUGUGGGAGAAGGAGGGUGUUCCCUGUAAAACCGAGAGAAGAACAGAAACUACCCGUUCUUCACAGGGGAAACGGAAGACUAAACAAGGUAUGUACCUUACACCCUACACAAAAAUCAACUCAGAGUGGAUCAAGCAUCUAAACCAACGACCCAAAAUCAUCAAAUUGCUAAAGGAAAACACAGGAGAAAUGCUUCACGAUGUCCGUAGCCAUGAUAAAUAUUUCAGGCACCACAAUGACAAUCCACAAAGAGAUGAGCUCAGGACGACCUUCCUUAAAAGCCUGCAGUUCCUCUCAGGUGCAUGGAUCCUCCCAGCUGUCGUCCUGGGGAGCUUUGUGGCAGCCUCAGAAGAGACAGGGCUGCAACAGUCCUCCACAGCUCAGGAGAGUUCUCUCUGCAACACGAUGGGGAAAUCUCAGGAUAUUCUCAGUGUGCAGUCAGCACAGUGUGGAAGCAGCUGUGUCCUGCGGGAGCUGAGCAGUGGGAUGCAGUAUCCAACCACAACUGGCAGGUGUGCAGCAGAAACAGAGCGGCUACCUGGAGAGGGUGAGAGGGGCUGCAGUAACCCGGGGUAA